AUUAGUAGUUGACAUCUACAUGAUCCGAGUAAUAUAAAUGAAGGUUUUGCAGUCUUCGUAGGAACUUCCUUAGCGUACUUUUAUUUUAUUUUCAUAUCAGGGCUAUAUAUAGGACUGCAGAUAUCAUAUCAUUUUCGUUUCUAUAAAAUGACGUCUGGGGAAUGUUUUCUCAGUUUUUCCCUAAUUCCAUUAUGUAUUAUGUAUAUCAACAUGUAAUAUGUAUGUAAAAAGUAUAUUUUAGAAGUGUGUCAUUGACAGGUUUAUAAUAUCAGAGAAUAUUGAUUCAUUUGUAAUUUUAAUUUGUUUUAUUUAAAGUUUCAAGAUGACUAGCUAUUUUACUUUCCGAAGGAUCUCAAACCAGCAGGUUUUUACAGUAGAACAGAAUAAAUCAUAUAUAGAAAUCAAGCGUUUCCUUGCUAACCUGGCCUCAGUGACGUUCGACCGUAUCGACAUUGUGAGGGGUCCAUUUAUCGUGGAGAGCGAAGAGGAUAUGACGUCACAGAACGAGAUGGCGUUUAUUAUUCAUCCUAAAGAAAGACCCAUAAAUGGCUUCUGGGAAAGUCGGUCACCUGACAUGUUCGAGGGUUGCAUGGCAGACGGAGCGCGUGUCGGGAUGUCUUGUGGUCACGCCGCUACACCAGAAAACAUUUAUCGUUUUUGUCUCACCACACUCAAAGACAGCAAUGCGACAUUUAGAUGCAUACUAUGCCAAACUGUGUGGUCACUAGAGGAAAUCAUCCACAAGGCUGGUUUGUCUGAUGAUGAAAGGAUAUUCUUCAAACAUCGAAUUGACGAGAUCACAAGCAUCAUAUCUUUGGAAGGAAGACAGCCUGUUGACAAAGGGGCAACAAAUGACCUUUUACGAAACUGCGGAAGAGUAACCAUGGGUUACAGUAAUAUUCCGAAUGUUCCAAAUAUACGCGCAUGCCCGAAGUGCUUUCAGUUUAUAGAACACAGAAAAGGUUGUAAAACUAUGACAUGUUCCUGUGGUCACGUGUUUUGUUUUAGCUGUCUCAGGGCGGCAGUUGGAGGUUCAUUAUCCUGUGGCUCGUAUUCUUCCGGAUGCUCCGUCGCUCCUGUUCAGCAGAUUGCUUAAAUAUUCUAAACCAUCGACAUCGUAUACACUGAUUGUCAUAAAAAUGCAUCAAAAAACAUCCAGUUAUUACCUACAAAUGCAAAAAAAAAGUGGAAAAAACUAACAGUGUUAUCAAACUUAUUGCCACAAAACUCGCUAUUCAAUCUAUUGUUAUUACCAUAUACAAUGUACAUACACUGAAGGGAACACGAAAAAGGCGAUUAGAAAUUGCCCAGCUGACUCCGGGAUAUCAACAAGUGUUAUAAAAUGUUAUAAUGCUGUAAUUGAAAAUCAGAGAACCGUUUUGUCGUAUGUAAAAACCUGACAUUUGACAAAGUUACAGAAAAUGUACAUGGAUGAAAUUUUCACAGGCGACAGAAUGGAUACUGAAGUGAGGUAACACUAGUUCUAUAACGGAGACAAACACUGAAGUGAGGUAACACUAGUUCUAUAACGGAGACAAACACUGAAGUGAGGUAACACUAGUUCUAUAACGGAGACAAACACUGAAGUGAUGUAACACUUGUUCUAUAACGGAGACAAACACUGAAGUGAGGUAACACUAGUUAUCAUCGGAGUGGAAUUAAAAGUCUGGUUUUAUACUGAAAUAUCGAGUAUCGGAAUGAAAUCAAUGGUUUUACACUAGAAUGUAGAGUAUUUGAGUAUUGUCUUUUCAUUUUCAUUUUUGAUAUUUAGCAUUAUGAUUUCAAUAUGUGAUACCUACGUUGAUAUACCCAGCUGUUGCCUGACAAUAACUGGAUUAAGAAAAAUAUUAAACACAUGUAUGUGUAGCAAUAUAGAUAUUAACUGUACUAAGACAACACCCUCGUGUUACUGUUAAUUAAAUUGAUUAUAUUUCAGUCUGAUGUAGGGGAUGUGUGAUCCUAUACCUGAAAGUUGGCAUUAAAUGUUAUAUCAUUAUUUGACAUUUUCUAUGUGUUUCUAUGUGUAUAUGUAGUAUAUACACAAUGCUGGUUAAUAUACGUAUAAUAGUCGCUCUAAACAUUAUAAGCUAACACAUUCUCAUAUCCCUCUGUAAAUGAUUUAGGUGUAUAUUCAUAAAAAUACUGAAUGUCGUCAGAAAUUCAUUAAAUCGAUGAUCCAAUCUAUACAUCACAAACAUUUACAAAAAUCUUUCUACAAUGUACACUAUCUACGAUUUUGCCUUGCUGUCUCCUGAUACAGUCGGAUGCAACUAUAUAGAUGUAAAUUUGAUGUUUAGUGUACUUUUUUGUAUCCCUAUUCAUAUUCAAAUUAAAACAACGAUAUACCUGU